CCAUAUAAAAAUCAGGUGGUCAAACGAAAAAAGGCAGGAGAUGGCGUAGCAUUUGAUUGUGAACCUGAUUCUUCACUAAUCUUGAAGAUAGAAAUGAUUGUCAACGCCUCCUAGUGAGCAGGAUUGUAAAAAGGAAGUUGAAGAAACAUUUAUUUCUUUAUAGUCUCCACUCUAUAUACAAGUAUAACUGUAUGACCGUGUGUACUGUGCCGCUGACAAUGAGCCGCGGCGGUGACUGUGAUAAGUGAUCGCGUACCCUUCCUCGUCGCUAAACGCGUAGUGGCAGUGGAGAAAGAUAGUACGUCGACCAAGAAAAGAGUCUACCUCUUGAUGACUCGCGCUUUACGCAAGGCGCAACGUAGCCGGAGCUCACAAUUAUGUUCGAUGUACCGCCCAAGUUCUACGAGCUGUGUCGCCUUUGUUUAUCGUCGGACGGUGUCAAAUUGUCCAUAUUCGAAGAGGAAGGCGCCCAGCGAAAUUUCGCCGAUAAGAUAUUAACGUGCCUCUCGAUUACGGUAAAAGAUGGAGAUUCUUUACCACCAAUCAUUUGUCAUCGAUGUGUGUAUAAAUUGGAUGUACUGCACAACUUCCGUGAAGUGUCACACAAAUCUGAUGUCAUACUCAAACAGUACCUGGAUUAUGCCAAGCAGUUAUCAUCACAUGAUGAUCAGAAAAAAUCUUUCUCCACUGCCAAAGUAGCAGGAUUAAGUCCGCUACAAUCAUUUCUCCAAUUGAACAAAACAUUGUUCAAUGAGGAGCCUAACUCUCCGGCCAGCAUUAAUCAAAACGUUAUACCUCAGACUCAAACACAUCAUUUGGAAUUGUGCACCAAUGACAUGCCUGAGCAUGAUAACAUUAAGUGUGAACCAGAAGAUGAUACAUGUUCAAAUAGUUCUGAUCCAGAUAGAUUAGAAAUAGAAGAUCGGGAUGAGCAAGAUACUGAGGGGGAAGAAAAUGGUUAUGAUAUGACCAUUAAUAAGAGAAUGAAAGUAGAAACAAAUUAUGAGGAAUCAAAAACAAGUACCCCCAAUCGUAGUCCAGUAAAUAGAAUGGAUACACCAGAAAGCAAUUGUUCAGACACAAAUAUUGAUCAGGAAACAACAAAAUUAUGGCAAGCAUUAGCAAACAAUAGGAGUUUAGAGAUUACCAGGACAAAUGGUGACAAAUUAAAUAAUGGAUUCACUGGCGAGGCAACUAAUUUGUUGCGUUCUUUAAUCAACAAUAGGCAAAUUGGUAUUACUGCAAUUGAUUCUGACAGAAUAUCACCACAAAUUAGGUUUUACAGAGAUACUCAAGGAACAACAAUUGAACGCACUAUACCCGACUGUUCUCUACUCGGCAACCGUACUAAUGUGUCGUGUAUAGAAAAUAAGGGUACGUCUGUGGACAGUAAUCCGUCUAGCCCUGCCAGUGUUGGUCGAAAGGAAACUAAGGGUCGUAGAAAACAAAGUUAUCCUAGCAAAGCUCCCAUGAGUCCAGAUGUCGUUAAUUAUCAACAUGAAUCUAAUGAAGAACAAGCACAAGAUUUUACAACAUGGUCAAAUAAAAUGAAGGGGAAGGUAGAGGACCAAAAACAACAAUUUGAUCAACAUAGUGGUAACAUAGCGAAAAAGGUUGAUAUGUCUUGCACAAAUUGCGGCACUAUGACUACAACUAUUUGGAGAAGAAAUAUGAAAGGAGAAAUGGUUUGUAAUGCUUGCGGACUUUAUUACAAACUUCAUGGAGUAAAUCGUCCAGUUACCAUGCGAAGGGAUACGAUACACACGCGUAGACGUAGACCUAAAGGUGAAAAACCAACAAGGCAUAGAAAAAAAGGUGAUUCAAUUUUGGUACCACAAUCGGAACAGAUGGAUGCAGAAAGUGCAGACAUGUUAGCAGCCCUUCGGCGACAAAUUCAGCCUCAUUUAAUGAUGGCAGCCUUAACACCACCACGUAUACCUGGUGCUCAUCCACCAGCUCCUACCGCUCAACUUAAUUAUUCUCUUCCUUUACCUAGUUACAUGAUGCAUCAUGUGAAAGCAGAAGGACGAGAACAAUGUCAUUUAUCUACGGACAUAGAAGAAACAGAAGAAGGAGAUGCAGAGAACGUCUCGGAUGUACCAUUAAACUUAGUUGCGACGUCAUUAUCCGAAGAAGCACACUGAAAUCAUUUUGACCAGCUUUAGAACGACGUUGCUAUAGGUAUAUAUAUACAUAUAUAUAUAUAUAUAUAUACAUAACAAAGAAUCUCUAGACAGAAUAGUCUGUCCGGUGAUACACAGGGUGUAAAAGACGAGAUUAUUCUCCUUCUCUUUUCUGCCUCUGUCAUCCAUGAUCCUCUUUUUGGACUCUCCUUUUUUCUCUUUUUCUCUUUUCCACGGUCUUGAGAAUUUUGAGAUGGUAGAAUAUUGGGAUGUGUAUUUAUCCCUUGAGCUACCAAGCCCGUGGUGCAGAGCGCACGAAGGAACGAUGAUAUUAAAUACGCAGUAUUAAUUACGUGGUUAUUCAAAAUAUGUACAUAUAUAUACACGAAUACGAAGAAUAUUUUUAUACAAAAUUUUCUACGCUUGCAGCUAUAGAGAGCGACGGGCGAUCGUUGUACAUACACGCGCAAAUUGUUCUUUCGGUGUCGCACGUAUUUUACGCAUUAAAAGGAAUGGUGGUCGUUGUCUGUUUUCUUAGUGAUGUAAGAAAGUCAAUCACCAGUGAAAGUUUUUAGAACGGUGCUAGAUUACUGUUCGGAAAGGCUUAGAAAUAAAGAAGAAACAAAAAAAAAAAAAAAAUGAUUU